GUCAACUUGGUCUUAAAUUACGACAGCGAAAAAGGGAAGUUGGUUUGUUGAACAUGUUGAAAUUCAUGAAUUGCAUUAUUUUUUCUUUAAACCCACCAGCCACAGGAUCUACUUAUCAUUCUUGCUUCUUUGGCGAUGAGUGUCAUGGCAGUCCAGUCUGUUAGAACGGUGACAGCCAGCAUGUUGCUGAGUGUCUUCUUUCUCUCAGUCUGUUUCACAGGAGCUUUGGCUGAUUGUAGGUUGGAUCCAGCUCUAUUCAUUGAUGCACCUCAAGGGAUGGAAGCACUGAAUGGAUCUUGUCUGCAAAUCCCAUGUAACUUCAGUGCUAAACCAGAGGAGGAUUUCAACAGCACACGUACAACCGUCGCAGUGUGGAUGAAAGAUACCCUUGACUUUGCCAACAAUCCAAAUAAUGUGGUUUUCAACAGUAGCAAGGGGCCUAAUAUCUAUCCAAUGAAUCUAACUGGAGACCUGAGUCAGAAAAACUGCACCACUUUAUUUUCCAGUGUAAUCCCAUUAUACGCAGGCGAAUACUUCUUCAGGAUUGAAAACAAGCCAUUUCUUGCAACAGCUGUUUGUAAUCCACUUAAAAUAACAGUUACAGAUUCUCCUCCAAAGCCCAGCAUUGAGAUCCCAGCUGAUCUGAAGGAGAAAGAGUCUGUCUCCGUAAGCUGCUCCGCGCCCACUCCCUGUCCACACUCUCCUCCUAAACUCACCUGGAACCUCCAACGAGACGCUCACGUCAUGAUGGAGGAAAACACAGAUCGAACCUUCACAACAAAGAUCCAGAAGACCAUCGCUCUGUCAGAGGAACACGAUGGAUUCAACAUCACCUGUUCUGCCACGUAUCCUGUGAAUGAAGGAAACGAUAACAAGACGGCAGAGGAGACCAAGACUCUCAAUGUUUCCUACGCUCCCAAGGACACCUCGGCGUCCAUCAGUCCAUCAGGUCCGGUGUCAGCAGGUAGCUGGGUGAACCUGACCUGCUCCAGCAGAGCCAAUCCUCCCAUCAGCCACUACACCUGGUUCAAGAACAGCAACGAUGGACCCGUCAAUGUAUCUCAAGGAGACUUUUACCGCUUUAAUGUCACUGAUGGAGGCGUUUAUUACUGUGUGGCCACCAAUCAGCUUGGUAAACAACCAUCAUCAGAGAUCCUUCUGACAAUUGAAGGCGUAGGUAACCCUCAACUAUUGGCCGCAGUUCUUGGAGGGAUCAUUGGGAUUAUCAUACUCAUUUGCCUUUUUGUUUGUUUUUGGCGUUUAAAGCCAACACACCCAACUGCACAACAGAAUCUGACUGUUGAAGAGACAGCAAGUACAACAGAAGACAACGUCCAUUAUGGAGAGAUUAACUUCUCGAGGCGCGGCCCUGAAGCAGCCUCGGCGCAGGACAGCGGACAGCAGCAGGAGACGCUGUACGCUGAGGUCAAAGUGUCCAAGACAGUGAAGACCUCGACACAGACUGAUGACGUCACAGAGGAUCUCUACGCUCAAGUGAAGAGGAAAUGAGCAUCGUUUGCGGUCACAUUUGGGUUGGAUUCUUAAUUUAAGUUGACCUGUUACUAAGUUCCAUCUGAAGAAAAAAAAAGCUAAGACAGCUGUUCACACAUUAACAGUAGAGUACAAGAUUAGAUUUAAGUUUAUAAUAAUGUUUGUGUAAUUUAGUUUCUUUAUUUUAUGUUUAACAGGGGGUGUCAUCUCAUUUACUAAUCUAUUUGGUUUCUUACAGCCUCCAUUUGUAUUUUAAUUACUUCGAAAAAUGAACAUGAGACAUUUUCUGCAUUUGAAGACAUUUAUUUGUUGCAUCGUAAUAAAAACCAUAUACGACUUCUACAA